UCGCUAGCGACCGCGAAUCGCGAGCGAAGCGAUGCACGGUGAAUGGUGCUGCGGGUUAGAGAUAGUAAACAAGUCGCACAACAGCUGUGACUUUAUCUAGUCACGACCGAGAUAAAUGGGGGACGCCACGGACGAGUCUGUCGCGGGGGCCGAAAUCGCUCGUUGAAGUGUGAAUCAUCAAAGGAAAGGUCGAGGUCAGCGGAGCGAAUUAUGCCCAGAGAACAGUCCUUUCGUGUCAGUCCGAUGGAGCAGCGGACUACUUAGGUUAUGUUAGUCUGUCAAAGUGUUUUUACUUUACCGAGAAACUUUCCACUUGGAGAGGAGUCAAGGCUAUAAUGGGCGAUCAUAUCGGAGAUAACAUAUUAAUCCCGCAGGUCGAUAACGUUGUGUUGAUCGACAAAAGCGAUGGUAAUAACAAAAGCAUGGAUGGGACACUGUGCAUCAGUGGUCACCAUCUCAUCUUGUCCUCUAGGCAGGACGACGGGCAAGAGCUUUGGUUGAUGAACAGGAAUAUCGACGUUGUGGAAAAGAAAGUGAAUGCUCAGAGCCCAGGUGGUAGCAUAAUAUUGAAAUGCAAGGACUUUCAAAUCCUUCAGUUAGAUAUUGGCUCUACCAAUGAUUUAAUCAACGCCAUAUUAUCCAUAGAGAAGCUAAUAUCAUUAGACCAAACUCUACAAUAUCCAUUCUUCUAUCGACCACAAACAACCAACAACAUCAUGAUACAAAUAGAAGAUGGAUGGACAGCAUUUGCACCUGUCUCCGAAUGGUCCAGAUUGUUAGCGGCUCAUGGGGAUGAGUGGCGUAUCAGUUACCUGAAUAGAGAUUACAAAGUUUGUAGUUCAUAUCCGUCGGCAGUCAUAGUGCCGCGUCAAGUAGACGACAAAGUUGUAAUAGCUUCAGCUGGCUUUAGGGAUGGCGGAAGAUUCCCUGUUUUGUGUUACAGACAUGAAGGAGGAAGUAUACUAUUGAGAAGUAGUCAGCCGUUAUGCGGUGCUACUGGUAAGAGAUGCAAGGAAGAUGAAAAAUUGUUAAAUGCAGUUCUAGGUCCUGGAAGACGUGGUUACAUAGUGGACACAAGAUCGGUUAGUCAGGCGCAAAGUGCCAGAGCCAGAGGUGGAGGCACGGAAAUGGACACUGCUUAUCCGCAAUGGCGAAAAGUACACAAACCAGUUCCUCGGCCGCACGAUUUGGCAGAUAGUUUCUACAAAUUAAUAGAAGCUUGUAACGAUGUGAACAGUUCUUCUUCGCAGUGGCUCUCAAAAUUGGAUAGUAGCGGAUGGCUAACCGCCGUACAAAGUGCUUUAAAUGCCGCCUGCGUCACUGCGCAAUGCCUACAUCAAGAAGCCGCGGCUGUGCUAGUACAUGGCAGUACAGGUAGGGAUUCUACGUUGGUGGUAACGAGCUUGGCCCAAGCAAUACUAAAUCCUGAUUGUCGGACGGUACGAGGACUUCAGGCGCUCGUAGAGCGCGAAUGGUUACAAGCUGGCCAUCAAUUUUUCAGCAGAACCCGUUGUGGAGCCUAUCAGCCUUCAAACUCGCAAAAUCCAACACAUGCGCCGACUUUUCUGCUUUUCCUUGAUUGCCUGUAUCAGCUGCAUCACCAAUUUCAAUUUAGCUUCGAGUACACUGCAGAUCUGCUCAUCAAAUUGUAUAAGCACGCUUAUUCUUCGAAUUACGGUACAUUUUUAGGUGAUUCGGAAGCGGAAAGGAUAAAAUUACGGUUGUCCGAGCGAACUUACAGUUUAUGGUCGUACAUUAAUCAACCAGAUGUCUUGGAGCAAUGGAUAAAUCCAUUGUACGAGCCGAAUCCAGGAGUGAUUUGGCCCAGCGUUGCACCCAUCAGUAUUCAGCUGUGGAGAGAACUGUAUCUCGCGCAUACGAGCGCAGCUUUGUGGGACGGCAUGCUGUCCUACGCGAAGCAGAUCAAGCAGAAUCACACGGCCGUGCGCAAAGUAGCCGGACAGUUGCACGUGCAGAUCAAGCAAGCAUUAGAAGAGAUCCGAUCGGAUCCGGAAAUGUCGCGGGGAGAUGCGGACAAUCAAGAGGACCAUCCUCGUAUAGCGCAAUUGAGCCUAGAGUCUCAGAGUACUUGAUACUAUAGAUUAUAGAAGUCGAGGAAAAUCGAAGAGAUGUUCGUGCUGUUCAACGAUCUUGUCAAUAUGCCUUUAAUUAUACAAUGCCAUCGUUAAUCCAUAAGGAUCGACGAUCUUUACGAUAACCUGCCACGAAUGCUGAAGCCUUCGUAAUAAAUUCUCGGUGCAAUUCUUUGAACUUAUCGCUGAGAUGAAGUAUAGGGUGUCUAUUAGUUUAAGAAUAGGUUUGCGAUCAAUUGAGCGUAUUAUCGUUGUCAAUAUAAAUUUAAAUAUUGUGUAUCGUGUAAAGGUAUUUCUCUAACGUCAUUGCAGUCAACAUGACAAGUCACGCGAUUUUCGCCUAUAUAGUAAAACUCGCAUUAAAGGGUGUCAAGAUCUAUUUAAAAGAUUCAAACGAGACAAGAUAAAUUGUGAUAUUUUUUAUUUCACGACGCAUGGUUUCAUACCAUGAAACAGAGUUAACGAUUUUACGUAACAUCACAUAUAUGUAUAUAUAUUAUAUAUAAAAAGAAUUUUCUAUAUAUAUAUAAUAUAUAUAACAUAUAAAAAAUACUAUAUACAUAAUUUAUUUAUCCAAAGGUAAAAUAAUAUAAACAAAUAGAAAUGAACUGUAUAUUAUAAAUUCAUUAUUAAAGAGCGUAAUUGCGAGGGUA